CAGCGAUGAUGGCACUAGCGCCACCACCUCUCCGCUCUGGUGCCAAACCGCAGUAUCCCGCAACCAACAGUGUUUGUGGGAAAUCUGCCACACACUAUCACUGAGGAGCAAGUGCGAAAACGCUUUGAGGAGUUUGGCCAUGUGCUUGAGUUCCGGAUCAACUCCAAGCCAACGGGCAAGAUGACAGCUGGUGGGAAAGCUGUACCUAACUGCGGAUUUGUGAUCUUUGAGAGCUUUGAGGCUGUCCAAACAGUACUACGGAAUGUGCCCAUCUUCAUUAACGACACUCGUGUGAAUGUUGAAGAGAAGAAGACCAAGCAGAAGCUUGCCACAGAAGGACGAGGGGGCAGCUUUACAUCAGGCAGCCCCCGCAGUGGAGGAGCGGGAGGGCUGAUGCAGAGAGGACCCCCUGGAGGGCGUGCUAAUGGGGCUGGUGGGCGUGGCGGCGCCUUCUCGAGAGGUGGCAGCCGUAACCCUCCUGGUGGUGGCGUUGGCAUCAGGCACAACUAGACCUACUGCAGCUUAUGUGCUGGCCCCACCGAGCAGCAGUCCCUGUACCCGUGGCACCCUCCUGCUCUCGCUGGACUGUCCCGUGAACGACUCUGCAUCUGCACUCUUCACUCCACGGCCUGUCACCUUGUUACUCCUCACCCCCACUAGACACCCCGGGUCCCUUUAUUUUAUUUUUUGUUACUGUUUUGCCACUUUCAUUGUCAGCAUUUAUUUCGUGUUCAAUUCUUUUUCUCUCUCUCUUUCCCCCCCUCCCCUUCUUUAUUUUAUUUUAUUUAUUUUUAUUUUUUUGAGGUAGUCCUCACAAAAAAAGGUGGUUAGCUCUACACCAUGCAGAAGACAAGUGACACUUGCUCUUACUGCAACAAGUCUCCUCUUUGUGACAGACCCUCAAGCACUUUGGCCUCUUUCCCUCUUGACUUAUUGUAUUUUUGUUGCCUGUCAUUUCACAUUAUUCAUCUACAUUCUGCCUCCAAGACCAAAAAUGUAGCCAUUUCUUCGUCUGUCGAUUGGCUGCUGCACUUCAUAGGGUGUUUAUUUCAAGGUGAAGGGUUGGGGUGGGAGUACCAGUGGAAGGGAAGAGAAGCCAGGGACAAGCCUAGCUGCUGCAGGACGGUGCUGGGAAAAGGGAGCUCCAAAUGCAAAUGGAAGCAUUACUCCUUGCCCAUGUAGACACAAAACACGCAGAUCAUGAUGAAACUCAAACCCUGCAUCUUACUUGGCUGAGCCAAGGAAGAAUUGUGAAACACAGGCUGCAUGACCAUGCAAAUUAUGCAUACCAGGCUGUGCCACCGAUUCACAGCCAAGGAAGGGCGAACUUUGGAAAUGGAAGCUUUUUUUGCCGGUCAUAAUUCAUUUAUACAAUAUACUGCUGUUAUUUUUUGUUAGGUUUUUGUAUGUAUGUAUGUGGCUAAUGUACGAUGUCCUUUUGUAAGGAAAAGGAGAAAUACCAAAAAAAAGAGUGAAAGAAAAAAAAAGAAAAAAAAAGUGUUGGUGAGUAAAGAGUGGUCAGCCUACACCUCCUCCUCUUGUUCCACAUCUCUCCCCCUUUUUUUCUCCCUCCCUCUUUCCUUUAGGAACUUAUUUAAUUUUGUGGCCUCCUGUAUAUAAAUGAAUGGUUGAGAACCUAUAGGCCCCCCACUUUGCUUUCUUUUACAAUUUUAAAGGAAUUAGAGGUGGAGGAGUGGUGUUCAGAUUGACACUGUUUCUUAGCAGCUUUUGUGGAAAUGAACCUUGAGACCCCCUCAGCAUAGUGAGGUUCCCUCUGCAUAGUCAAAAGCUCCCCCUGCACAGCGAGGUCACUUUCGGUCUUCUGAACACUGAACUUGUGACUGUGUUAAUUUUUACUUGGGUGGAAGUGUCCCCAAUUGAUUUUUUUUCCCCUUAAUUUGGCCUCAUUUGGCCAAUGCUGAAGGUGUGUAACUGCAUGCCACCCUUCCGCAACGAUGUAAAUAUUUUGGGGUAUGCUUCGUGGACUGCCAUGUGUACACAGUCUGGUUUUGUUUGCAACUACCAGCCUCUAUUUUUUAUUUGUUUGCCCCCUCUGUUGCAGUUCAAUAUGUCUUGAUCACUGUUACUGCCUGACCAACCAAUUCUUUGCUGCUACAGUCAGUUUUUUUUUUUUUUUUUCCCCUCCUUGCAAUCAUCGUCAUUUGCUGUUUUUAUAUAAUGGUGAAAUCAUUAACCCAUAGCCGUAACUUAAGAAAGGCCCAUCUAGUGCAAAAAGAUGAUGAAUAAAAAGAUGAAGCAAGGUGUCACCUUGGACCUUGUUGCUUGA